UUUCUUUCCUCUUUACUACGGUACCGGUAGGGAAGGGAGUGAGGCUACUAAGACAUACAGCCCAGCCUCCGAAGAACUCAGAAUGACAGGCUUCGGAGACAUCUUGAAGGUGGUCGGAGAGUUUGGGAGGUUUCAAAAAUGGCUGGUGCUGCUGAUUUGCAUCCCAAAUUUCCUCACUCCCUUCCAUAUGUUUGGCCAAGUGUUCCUUGUUAUGGACGUGCCUCACCACUGCAACACCAGCUGGAUCCGUGCAAUUGGCCCAAAUCUGAGCAAAGAGCAGGAGACGGAUUUGACCAUUCCCAGGAAUCCGGAUGGAUCUCUGCAACAAUGCUCUAUGUUUACUCCUGUGGAAGAGGAUAUCGAAACCAUCAUAAAAUAUGGACUCAACUCCACAGAAAGGUGCCGAGAUGGAUGGGUAUAUCCUGCAGAGCUAAAGCCGUCGUUGCUAACAGAGUUUAAUUUGGUUUGUGACCGAAAAGACUUGAAUGACAUCUCCCAAUCCAUAUACAUGUCGGGGCUUCUUGUUGGAGCGCUGGUUUUCGGCCCGCUGAGUGACAGGAUCGGUAGCCGAUGGUCUAUCUUGCUUACCCUCCUCAUCAUGGGCUCCUUUGGCGUGGGGGCAGGCUUCUCGCCAAAUUUCUACGUCUACAUCGCCUUGAGAUUCCUCGUGGGAGCUGCUUUCGCUGGGAUCAGUAUAAGCAUGGCGGCUUUAAGCUCUGAGUGGGUCGGGCCAUCCUACCGCCCGGUUGCGCUGAUCAUCACCCACUGUUGCAACGCCCUAGGGCAGAUGGCCUUGGCCGGCUUGGCCUACUCCAUUCGCAACUGGAGGCUCUUUCAGAUUGCUGGCUCUGCUCCCGUCUUCGCUCUUUUCUUUUACAUAUGGGUCCUUCCCAGUUCUGCCCGGUGGCUUGUCACGAAAGGGAAGAUCAAAGAAGCCAAAAAAGUGCUCCGAAAGGCCGCUGCCAUCAACAAGCGAACCAUCCCGGAAGAACUACUUGAUCAGCUGGCUCCAGAAGAAAAGGUGAAAUCUGGAAAUGUGCUGGAUCUUUUCAGGAAGCCUCACCUCAGGCUUAUGACUUUUAUCAUGGCCUGGGUUUGGUUUGCUGACAGCUUUGUUUACUAUGGAGUGAGCCUUCACGUUGGGGAUUUUGGCUUGGACAUCUAUUUGACCCAACUCAUCUUUGGAGCAGUGGAAAUACCAUCCCGCUUUUCCUGCAUCUUCCUGCUCCAGUGGCUAGGAAGGAAGAAAUGCCAGGCGGCUUGGCUUCUCCUGGGUGGAGUCGUUUGCUUGCUCAUUCCUGCUAUUCCAAAAGAUUUCCCUGUGAUUGUCACGGUGCUGGCCGUUAUCGGAAAGUCUGCUCUUGCUGCCUCCUUUUCAACCACCUACGUGUUUUCUGCAGAGGUGUUUCCCACGGUUGUCAGGCAAACUGGCUUAGGUUUAUGUUCCAUGUCUGCCCGAGUAGCUGGCAUCCUCUCCCCACUGGUUGGUCUCCUAAGCAGAUACCACGAGGCCAUUCCCAUGUCGAUGUUUGGAGGCACAGCGCUACUUGGGGGAAUCCUCUGCUUCCUGCUUCCCGAGACCCGGAACAAGGAUCUUCAAGACAACACAGCCAAAUCCUCAAGCCAGAGGUCCACCAAGACUGUCAAUGGCAGCUUUGAAAAGGGACCUCUUGAAGAGAAGGAAGAUGGCCAGACGAGUACAGAAUUCACCAAGAAUACAUACCUCUAGCAGCACUAGCAAUAUCCCAUGGAGUCCAAAGGAAUGGUGGGACACAUGACUUUUUUAGGGAGGAUUUUCACAGACAAAAGAAGAGCCAUGCUGGAUCAGACCAAG